UUAAAAAUAAAAAAAUCAGGCACAAGUGCUCGUUCGUAAAGAAAACGAAGAAACAAGUUUAAUCCGUCCGUGACCUCUACAGGUGCGUUCAGUUACGACAGUAGUACGUCCACCCGCGGCCUUUUCCAAAGCGCCACUUGUGCAACAGCAACAACAAACGGCUGCGGCGGCACAGAUUCCACAAUCACCAAUGCAGGUUUUGCAGCAGCAGCAACAUCACCAGCAGCAACAACAACAGCAGCAGCAACAGCAUCUUAAACCCCCGCAGUUGCAUCCACUGCCACAGCCAUCACAACCAUUGCAGCAGCAACAAAUGUCUGUAUGCACGAGCGCGAGCAGUAUCAUAAGCUCGACCACACCGUCAUCUGUUCGGCAGUCAGGUGCACCCACAAUUGCACAGAAGACAAUAGCCUCAAUGACGGCCGGCUCGAAAACGAUGCCCUCGACGCAUGUUCUGAACAAAAGCAGCGUUAGCGCGACGCCGAAUAAAACCGUAGUGCCUUCCACACAGCCAAAACCGGCCGUUAUCAAGGAAAAGGAGAAGAAGACCUUUUCCUCCGCGGGAUACACAGGUGACGAUGACAUUAACGAUGUCGCAGCUAUGGGAGGAGUCAAUCUUGCCGAGGAAUCUCAGAGAAUUCUCGGAUCAACGAAAUUUGUCGGGACUCAAAUUAGAUCGUGCAAAGACGAUGUGUUCCUUCAUCUGACACCCCUCCAACAAAAAAUUAAUAAAAUAGGUUAG